CCCACGGGCGGCUCUCAGGAGUCUUAACGCGCUCGCGCUCAGAGCCCGGGCUCGGCCUCUGUCUGUAGCUGCAGGAAUCGCUUCCCUGCGCUGCGUCUCCGCAUCCGUGUCUUCGGCCUCCCCACCUGCCCGCUUGCCCGGCUGCGCCAUGGAGGCCUACCAUAAGCCUGACCAGCAGAAGCUGCAGGCCCUGAAGGACACGGCCAAUCGCCUGCGCAUCAGCUCCAUCCAGGCCACCACUGCGGCCGGCUCCGGCCACCCCACGUCAUGCUGCAGCGCUGCCGAGAUCAUGGCUGUCCUCUUUUUCCACACCAUGCGCUACAAGGCCCAGGAUCCCCGGAACCCUCACAAUGACCGCUUUGUGCUCUCCAAGGGCCACGCAGCACCUAUCCUGUAUUCCGUGUGGGCUGAAGCCGGCUUCCUGCCAGAGGCAGAGCUGCUGAACCUGAGGAAGAUCAGCUCUGACCUGGAUGGGCACCCUGUCCCGAAACAAGCUUUCACUGAUGUGGCCACUGGAUCCCUGGGCCAGGGCCUUGGGGCCGCUUGUGGGAUGGCCUACACAGGCAAAUACUUCGACAAAGCCAGCUACCGCGUCUAUUGCUUGCUGGGAGACGGGGAGCUGUCAGAGGGCGCCGUGUGGGAGGCCAUGGCCUUCGCGGGCAUCUACAAGCUGGACAACCUUGUCGCCAUUCUUGACAUCAACCGCCUGGGCCAGAGCGACCCCGCCCCACUGCAGCACCAGAUGGAUGUCUACCAGAAGCGCUGUGAGGCCUUUGGCUGGCACGCCAUCAUCGUGGACGGACACAGUGUGGAGGAGCUGUGCAAGGCCUUCGGGCAGGUCAAGAACCAGCCGACAGCCAUCAUCGCCAAGACCUUCAAGGGCCGAGGCAUCACAGGAGUAGAAGAUAAGGAGUCUUGGCAUGGGAAGCCCCUCCCCCAGAACAUGGCUGAUCAAGUCAUCCAGGAAAUCUACAGCCAGAUCCAGAACAAAAAGAAGAUCCUGGCCACUCCACCACAGGAAGACGCCCCCUCAGUGGACAUCACCAACAUCCGAAUGCCCACGCCACCCAGCUACAAAGUUGGGGACAAGAUAGCUACCCGCAAGGCCUACGGGCAGGCCCUGGCCAAGCUGGGCCACGCCAGUGACCGCAUCAUUGCCCUGGACGGGGACACCAAGAAUUCCACCUUCUCAGAGCUCUUCAAAAAGGAGCACCCAGACCGCUUCAUCGAGUGCUACAUUGCCGAGCAGAACAUGGUGAGCAUCGCCGUGGGCUGCGCCACACGCAACAGGACAGUGCCCUUCUGUAGCACAUUCGCAGCCUUCUUCACGCGGGCCUUCGACCAGAUCCGCAUGGCGGCCAUCUCCGAGAGCAACAUCAACCUCUGCGGCUCCCACUGUGGCGUGUCCAUCGGGGAAGAUGGACCCUCCCAGAUGGCCCUGGAAGACCUGGCCAUGUUUCGGUCUGUCCCCAUGUCAACUGUCUUUUACCCAAGCGAUGGUGUGGCUACAGAGAAGGCAGUGGAAUUAGCAGCCAAUACAAAGGGUAUCUGCUUUAUCCGGACCAGCCGCCCAGAAAACGCCAUCAUCUAUAACAACAACGAAGAUUUCCAAAUUGGACAAGCCAAGGUGGUCCUGAAGAGCAAAGAUGACCAGGUGACCGUGAUCGGGGCUGGGGUGACCCUGCAUGAGGCCUUGGCCGCUGCUGACCUGCUCAAGAAAGAGAAAAUCAACAUCCGUGUGUUGGACCCUUUCACCGUCAAGCCCCUGGACAGGAAGCUCAUUCUCGACAGUGCCCGUGCGACCAAGGGCAGGAUCCUCACCGUGGAGGACCACUACUACGAAGGUGGCCUAGGUGAGGCAGUGGCUGCUGCAGUGGUGGGUGAGCCUGACGUCACUGUCACCCGCCUGGCUGUCAGCCAGGUGCCAAGAAGCGGGAAGCCCGCGGAGCUGCUGAAGAUGUUCGGCAUUGACAAGGACGCCAUCGCACGAGCCGUGCGGGGCCUGGUCACCAAGGCCUAGGGAGGGCUCGGGGUGUAGCGUGGGAGUUCUCCACAUUCCUGGGUGUGUGCAGAGAUAUACUGAGGGGACUGCCAAAUAAAUGUUUUAAGAAAAAUAAAA